AUGCAACGUACUUCUCUGAUAUACCAGCGCAAUGGCAAGCUUUCCACUUUCCAAGCUGCGGUCACAGCUGUCAAGGUCUUUUCUUCUCUUGAGCCCGCCGACAAGGCUCUUUCCAAACAAAGUCAAGAAGACGAUCACGUUGUCAUCACAGACGAAACCAUUUUUCACCCUCAAGGAGGUGGGCAGCCCUCUGACGAAGGUGUAAUGGAAGGAGAAUCCGGAGACAAGUUCGAUGUACACCUCGUACGAAUGGCAGCCACCGAACCCAAUCUAGUAUUCCAUUUCGGCCGGUUCCAAACCCCAUCCUCAAUAUUCCAUCCAGGCCAGAAAAUCACACAGAAUAUUGACGCGGAGAAAAGACUGCUGUACUCGCGCUAUCACUCUGCCGGCCACGUUCUCGGAGCGGCAGUGAGACAUACUUUGGAGCAUAGCGUCCCAGGCUUCGAUGAAAUCAAAGCAUCACAUUUCCCGGACUCGGCAUCGUGUGAAUUCACGGGCUUGAUAGAAGGAAAGUGGAAGGACGAUAUCCAGAAGCUGGUGGAUACGUACAUCGAAAAGGACAUGCCAAUUGAGAUCGAUUGGUGGGAUGAAGCUGACUUCAAGGCGAACCACUUGGAGCGAUUGACGCCUGACCGCAAGGCCAUGGGAAUGGACGAUAGUGAGAAGUUUCGGGUGGUGAAAAUUGUAGGAGCGGAAACGUAUCCGUGUGGAGGGACUCAUGUUGAUAGCACAAAGCUAUGUGGAACGACGCAAGUGAAGAAAAUUAGUCGUUCAAAAGGAACCAGUCGUGUCAGCUAUCUGCUAUAA